AUGAUCCCGCCUCGUCGUCCUCGCCCCGGCCCCGCGGUUGGAAGCGUCGUAUCGCAAAAGCCUGCGACUCCUGUCGCCAAAGGCGAACAAAGUGCAGCGGCGCGCGUCCCACCUGCUCCCAAUGCGUACGGCUCGGAGCCAGCUGCCACUACUCGGACGCCGUCGCCAGACAGACGCGUCCUCGGCCGGAAAGACCAAGCAGUACCCGACACCUUGAGGCACGCCUUCACGAGCUCGAAGCAACUCUCCACCGGCAUCAUCAGCCGAGCUCUGUGCCCGAAGCAUCGCAGCAAGGGCCGCGCCAGAGCCCCGGAGAUGGCACUGAACCGCCGCCACCGGCCUCCGACGGGAACGGAGGCCGCGGCACAAUCAGGCCCCUCAUCGAGCAUAUCCAUCCUGUCUCCGGACGGCCUGCAAUGGCUGGAAUCCCGCACCGCCGACGCCUCUCUGCGCCACCGCCUCGAACAGCCGCUGAGGGGAGGCGCCAGCUGGGCCGGAUGGACCCAUCCGCUGCUUCAAUCGCUGUGGCCUGCUGAAAACUCGACGCCUGUCCCCCCCUGUGACGAGGCUCUGGCCCUGGUCAAUGACUACUUCGACAACUACAACACCCUUCUGCCCAUCUUCCACCCUCCAACUUUCAUGGCCCUGUUCGGCACCCACUAUCAGCCUGCUUCUGCCGCACGUGCAAGCAACGACCCCGCCUGGUCAGCAGCCUUCAAUGCAGUCCUGGCCCUCUCGCAGCGCUGGAGAGCCGAGCAGAAUCCCGCCAUCAAACAUCUCGCCGACCGAGCCUGGGCUUAUGCAAAGAACGCGCUCGAGGUCGUGCUGGCCUUGCUCAUGCGCAGCACCAGUCUGCUUUCCGUCCAGGCCCUCCUGGCCCUGGCCUGCUUCUUCCGCGGCACCCCGAAUCCCCAGCCCUUCUUCUUCCUCACCGCCGCUGCCCUUCGCCUCUCCCACUCUGCCGGUCUUCACCGAGCAGCCGACCAUCUUCCGCUGACACCCGUAGACCGCGAGCAGAGGUUGCGCGUCUUCUGGAUCGCCCUCAUUCUGGACUCCAGCGCCUCUCUGCGCACCGGCCGGCCCUGCACCCACAGCAUCAACGACAUCGGUGUUCCCCUGCCCUCGCCGUCUCCCAAGGACAACCUUGGGAUACUGGUGAACCGCCGCGGCACCGCCGUCCUGAGCUUUCUUCUGGCGCAAGCCAAGUUCGCCGUCAUCGAAGGCAAGGUGUACGACCGCAUCUUCACCGCCUCCGCUUCCAACAAGACCACCGACGCUCUCGAUGCCGACGUGCGCGACCUGGGCAGGGAACUGGCCGAGUGGAGCCGCAUGAUUCCCGGAGGGGCCGACUGCAGCGGAGUGGUUGUCGACGACUGGGGCGACCAACACCUUCACGUUGCCAGUCUGCUCCUUGCAUAUCACAGCUGCGUCAUCACCGUCCACAGCGCCACAUGGCAGCGGCACUUUAGCACCCUGAGGAGCAGGCGAUGCGCUCGCCCGAGCCUCGACGUCUCCUCGGGCUUCCCCGACGCCCACGUGUGCCUCCAGGCAGCGCGUGAAAUCGUCCAGCUGCUCUCGCACGUCCCGCAGGCAAAGACGAGCUUUAUUUGGGAGGUGGUGCACCGGCCCGUGCAAGCCAUGAUGCUCUUCUUCAUCUGCAUCCUCCAGCAGCCCGACGACGCCGAGGCCGAGGCCCACGUCCAAGCCAUCGGCGCCGCCGUCGCCUUCAUGUCCAAGGCGAUGACCAACCAGGAGGACUGCUUCGUGCAGCCCAUGCUGACGGUCGGCCACGAACUCAUCCGCAUCGCGCGUGCUGCCAUUCAGAGAGGCAGGGAACGCGCGUCUGAUGAAAUCGGCGGCUCGAGGAGCAAUAAUGGCCAGCCUAUCUCGUCAUAUAAUAACCCCAGUCUGGCGGCGCCUGGAGGCGAUGCUGGAGUCCCUUCGUUUACGCCCGACCGCGCAGGCAACCUUGGUCCAGGGCCGGGUCCGACUUCAGCUCCGGCAGAGCAGUCGGCCCCCGGCUCUGAUUUUCACGAACAGGCCUGGAGCGCCGAUUCGGGAUUCAGUGGCAUGGACCCAUUGGCCGAGAUAGCCAUUCCGUUCUCGUGGAACUGGCAGGACCUGUCGACCGGUCUACUAGAAGAGUUCAACCUCCUGUUUUAG